CACACAACAGGAAGAGACAAAUCAGUUCUGGGUCAGUACUGCAAGCCGUACUCUUCAUUAGAAAAUUAAAUGACACCACAGGAUCAUCUAUAAAACUAUGAAUCAAGGUUCUCUGGUCAGGUAUUUUGGGUCGCAAAAACUAUAUCUGUUGUUAUAUAAAUAACCGCGCGGUAUGCUUUUAAAAUAGUUAGCGGCAACGGAAUCAAUGUACUGUAAGUAAAUGAGAAUAGGAACAAAUCAUCUAACAAAAACGCCACUUAAUCACAGUUUUGUUACGUUCGAGAUUAAUCAUAUUUUCGGCAAUUUAAUACUUAAAAUUAUUUGCUUCAGGAAAUUAAUUUUUCUAUCACAUUUCUGAACACUCACGGAUUAAUACUUGACAUUUUCACAAAUACUGAGUGGUUUUCGAAACUUCACCACAAAACGCUUCCUACCGACUUUCCCAUGAACUACAGUGACAAAUGUACAACAUCAAGCGAACAUUUCCACUGAAUUUCAUUUGUUUCUUGACAUUCAGUUGUUUACAAUUUCCACUAUGGAUAUCGGGGAGUUGUUAUCAUACAAGCCUCCAAAUACUCCGAAAAGAUUAGCAGAAGAAGAGGAAGAUGACGACAAUGACACAGACUAUGAACGUCAGAAGAAAAUCCGAAAACUUGCCAAAUCUCGUGGGUUGGACUCAGAACGAUUGGACAAGACUACAAACUUGAAAAAAAUUGGACAGAGUCUGCCUCCUCCCGACCCAGUAAAACAAGAAGACACUCUUACUGAAGAAGAAAGAGAAAAAAUUAUGGAAAUGGUAGAAAAUGAAGAUACAAGUCAGGCGGAGACACUAAGUGAGUCAGAUAUUAAGCGAAUGAUACUUUUGUUUGAGAAGAGAGCAUUGAAGAACCAAGAAAUGAGAAUAAAAUUUCCAGAUUUGCCUGAAAAGUUCAUGGAGUCAGAAGUGGAGUUGCAUGAAACAAUUCAGGAACUGCAUGCCAUAGCAUUGGUUCCAGAUCUGUAUCCUGUACUGGUAGAUUUUAAUGCAAUUCCUUCUAUGUUGGAAUUAUUAGCUCAUGAAAACACUGAUAUGGCUGUGGCAGUAGUUGAUCUUCUACAGGAGCUGACAGACGUAGAUGUUUUGCACGAGAGUCAGGAUGGAGCAGAAGCACUAAUGGAUGCAUUAUUGGCUCAACAAGUUUGUGCUUUGCUUGUUCAAAAUCUAGAAAGAAUGGAUGAAAGCGUGAAGGAAGAAGCUGAUGGUGUUCAUAACACCCUUGCAAUAUUUGAGAAUUUAACAGAGUUUCGACCUGAAGUUUGUGUGGAUGCUGCAAAACAAGGUCUUCUUCAAUGGCUUCUCCGUCGCCUCAGAGUGAAAAUGCCAUUUGAUGCCAAUAAGUUGUAUGCUAGUGAAAUUCUGUCAAUACUUCUGCAAAACACACCAGAUAAUCGUCAGAUGCUUGGUGACUUAGAAGGCAUAGAUACAAUUUUGCAGCAGUUGGCGUGUGAAUUGCAGCCAAAGUCCAGUUGGGAGAAAAAAUUGUCUCGAAACGGAUCCCUUAAAGUAUUAGAUCAUGCAAUGUCAGGACCAGAUGGUAAAGAAAAUUGCAACAAGUUUGUGGAUAUUUUGGGAUUACGUACAAUUUUUCCUCUAUUUAUGAAAACGCCAAAGAAAAAUCGUAAACGAAUUCUCACUACACAAGAACAUGAAGAACAUGUGACAUCAAUCAUUGCAAGCAUGUUACGAAAUUGCAGAGGACCACAAAGACAAAGACUUUUGUCAAAAUUCACUGAAAAUGACCAUGAAAAAGUAGAUCGCCUUUUGGAAUUGCAUUUCAAGUAUCUAGAAAAAGUUGAAGAAGUGGACCUAGUUCUUGAGCAAGAACGCAAGGAGAACUCCACAGAUGAUGAGGAUGAAGAUGAAGGAGAUGAAGCUCGCUACUUGCGCCGUUUAGAAGGGGGGCUAUUUACUCUGCAGCUGGUUGAUUACAUUCUGCUUGAGGUGUGCACAGGAGGUCCGCCAACUAUCAAGCAACGUGUUACUCAGAUUCUGAACCUCCGAGGUGGUUCCCUAAAGACAGUUCGUCAUGUCAUGCGUGAAUAUGCAGGCAAUCUGGGUGAUGAAGGGGAUUCAGAAUGGAGGGAUAUAGAACAGCAGCGCAUUUUGCAACUUGUUGAUAAAUUUUGAAUAGUAGCUUGUGCUUCUUAUUUUAUCUGUAAUAUAAAAUAACUUUAUCUGUAAUAAAUAUCUUUUGCUACAAA